AUGGCGACGCCCCUUCCCAAAUCCCAAGGCUACCUCGACAAGACAGGAGGUCAUGGUGCCGUACGGGAUGAAAAUGGAUGGUCUCGGGUUUUCCUGAGACGUUGGUGGCGCCAUUUUGAUCGCCCUGGCGGAUUCAAUGCGCUCAGCGGCCCACACGCCACCGCCUCGCCCCACCAUUACUGUGCUCCUCCAAGGGACCGAGAUGAUGUCGGCCUAGAAAGCGUCAAGAAGGCUUUCUGCUCUCGGCUUGGCGUCAGGCAGUCCGACAUCAAGGUGGUGCACCAUCGAUCGGAAGACUUCCUCAUCGACUUCAUGUUUCCACAUCACCGUGAUGCGGCAGUGGCCAUGGAGCAACUCCCCGUUGGCAGUCUCGACAUCCGCAUCAAGCCCUGGCGCAUGCUCCCCUACGGUGACCAUUGCGACCUCCAUUACCACAACGAGAGCAUCAUCAUGCACGUAGUUGCGAGGGCCAGUGACCUUGACUACGUGGACUCACGCUCCCUGCGCCGCGACGACACCAGAGCCCUGUGUCUAUGGGCAUGGACGCACAACCCCUUCGACAUCCCCAAGCUCGACCUUAUCGAGUUCCCGCCUGACGACUACAGCCAAUCCACGACCCAGGAGUUGAAGCGGCAUUACGGCGUCAUAGACGACAAGCGCGCCCCAUGUGACCGACAUGACCUGGCACCACCGGACACCAGGGCCCACCGACGCAAGGACGAUGAUGAUGAUGAUGAUGCAGACGCCGCGACGACAAGAGCUGCAAUUAGGGCUUCAGGCUCUUCUGCAGCCUAUCCCGCACGUCGACCAGGGAUCGCGAGCGGGAGUGCUCAGAGUCUAGGCAUGGCAGGUGACACGAUAGAUCCUCUACAACUAGUGAUCAUCGCCGACACGUCGAUGCAGUUCCGUACCGCACAUGAACCGGGAAUUCCCACAACCCGACGGGGAAACCAUGUAGUUCUCAUCACCUGCAGAGAACAUUGUGGAACCCUUGCUGGAAGUCGUCAUCACGCCACGAGCAAACCAGUCAUCGCCACGCCUGAGGCCUCCUAUGCCGAACACCUCGGCGACGCGUGCGCGGGUGGAGCGCUUCAGGCCCGGUGUCGUCUACGUCCGGUGUCGACGUCGGGGGCCAGGCAACCCCAGGCCAUGUCAGGGCUAUGCGACCGCCAGACCGGCCAUGGUGACCCAGGGUCAGGAGGCCGCUACGCCGACGCUGACCAACGCUCGGGACUGCUCACUGACCCAAUGGUGAGGGCAGUGAUGGCCCUUUGCGUCCUGGAUGAUGCCGCAGUGACGGACGAUCCCCGCGCCUAG